AUGAACGACGAAGAGCUAUAUGAUGAAUUCGGGAACUUGAUCGGUGAACCAGUUGAGUCUAAUCUGGACACUGGGACACAAGAACAAGAUGUGUCAGCAGGACAGGAAUUGGCGCCCAUCAAACAUCAAGAAACAUCCACAAAUGCAAUUGUUCAGAGCAAUGCGGUACCGACGGAGGACUCAGAAAUAAUCCAUGUUAGUCCUACUGAAUUUUCACAGAAUAUGCCAGUGAUUGCCCCCAAGGUGGACAAGAGGAUGAAAAUGGUCAUCAACGAGGAGAGUCUACCACAAUUAACCUAUUCAAGAGAGUACAUGGUUCACACUAUACGCGAGGUUCCUGAAAGGAUACGAAAUGUUUGCAUUGUUGGGAACUUUCAAUCUGGAAAGACGUCAUUUCUUGACCAACUUGUGCAAAAAACGCACGUGGAGAGUGAUGGGAAAUCGAAACACUCACGACCUAAGAGAUACUUGGAUAAUCAUAAAUUGGAAAUAGAGAGGGAAGUCUCAAUAAAGACUUCACCAAUCACUUUAAUGCUUCCAAAUGUAAAAGGCUCUUCAUAUGUACUCAGUUUAUUAGAUACGCCAGGUCAUGCCGAUUUUGGAGAUGAGGUUGUGGCUGGGCUCGAGAUAUGUGAUGGAGCUGUGUUGGUCGUGGAUUCGGUAGUGGGCUUGACUUUCAAAGAUAAAUUGAUACUAGACGAGAUUUUUCAUCGCAACUUGCCGUUCGUGCUUGUAUUGAACAAAAUCGAUCGAUUGGUAUUAGAGCUCAGGUUGCCACCAAAGGACGCGUACUUGAAGCUUUUCAAUAUAAUCGACGACGUGAACCAAUACAUUGAUGGAGACAGAGGUACGAAGUACACUAAAUCUCAAAGACUAUGUCCCACUUCAAGCAACGUUGUUUUUGCCUCAUCGGAAUUUGGCAUUUCGUUCACGACGAGUAGUUUCGCCAACUUGUAUUCACACACACAACGAUCGGAGAUGCAAGUGAGGGACUUUCAGGAAAGAUUGUGGGGGGAAUACUUCUUCAACUACGAAAAAAAUGAAAUAACGACCGAUUCCAACGGAGGCAAGUACCCGUAUACGUUUGUGGCGUUUGCGUUGGAGAUAGUUUACCAAAUUGCAAUCUAUGUUUUAACUACUGAACCACCUCAUAAAGAAUUGGGGCAACUUUUAUGGGAUCAUUUUAGGGUUUCCAUUUCCAAAUCCGAGUAUAAAAAGGAUGUCAAGAUACUUUUGAAAUCAGUUUUCCAAAGAGUGUUCAAGCAUGAGACCGGUUUCGUGGACUCCGUUGAAACGUCCAUUCCAUCUCCUCCUAUAGAUACCACUGAGGCACCAUUGCUUGGAAAAAUUAGCAAGCAUGUGGAGUCGCCCGAUGGCGAGUCCUUCUUGGCAUUAUGUCGUAUUUAUUCUGGAACGCUAAAUGAAGGCGAUCAAAUCAAGGUUUACGUCGAAAAUGAGGGAGACGAUGUCAAGGAGCUUAGUGCCACUGUCAAGCAUCUUUACUUACCUGGUGGCAGAUAUAACGUACCAGUGGAGAGUAUUUCUAAUACUAUAGUUUUGAUUGAGGAUAUUGACUCCAGUAUCAAAAAGGGUGCCACGGUAGUGUCGCUAGAUAAUGUAAAAGACCCGGUUUUCAAACCUCCUGACUAUGCAGUUACAUCGGUCUUGAAGGUUGCAGUGGAGCCCAUGAACCCAAAUGAGAGACCCUUACUACUUGAGGGCUUGGAAAAGAUAUCUCGGUCAUAUUUAUCCUCCGUUUUAAGUGUUGGAGAGAAUGGUGAAAUUUCAGUUGUUGGUCCUGGUGAAUUCUACAUGGAUUGCUUGUUGCAUGAUUUGAGACUUUUCUUCAACAACGACUUACAAAUCAGAGUAAGCGACCCAAUGACAAUCUUCUCAGAGACGUGCAUUGCGCAAUCAUUUACACAAAUUCCCGUUACUACUGCCAAUGGAGAAGUCUCUAUUUCAAUUAUUGCUGAGCCUGUGAAUGACGCGGCAUUGAGUUUUGAAAUUGAAAGAAAAUUGAUUGACAUUCAUCUAAGUAAAAAGGAAAUGUCAUCGAUUUUGAAAAAUAAAUUUGGAUGGGAUGCUUUGGCGGCGAGGUCAGUUUGGUCUUUUGGACCUAAAGAUUUAAUCGGACCGGACAUUUUGCUUGAUGACACUUUAGAUGGCGAAACUGACAAAGAUCAUCUUUCCGAAUUGAAAUCCUUGAUUGUUUCCGGUUUCAAAUGGAGCGUCAACGAAGGUCCGUUGCUUAAUGAGCCAAUCCGGAAUGUCAAGUUUAAGAUUCUCGAUGCACAAUUUGGAGAGAAUUCACAGUUUGCUUUGAAUGCUGCACAAAUUAUCCCCUUAGUGCGUCGUGCUUGCUAUGCCGGCUUACUAACUGCCAAGCCACGGAUCAUGGAACCAAUUUAUCAAGUCGACGCAGUAUGCCCAUACAAGGCUAUACGUGUUUUAAAGGAAAUUCUCAACCUCAGAAGGGGCAAUUUUAGCAAGCAAGAGCCAAUUGAAGGUACACCAUUGUAUCACGUCGAAGGCUUUGUUCCUGUCAUUGAUAGUUUUGGCAUGAUUUCAGAUGCAAAGUUACAUGCCCACAACAAAGUGUCCAUGUCGAUGGUAUUCCUGCAUUGGGACAUUGUGCCUGGAGAUCCAUUCGAUGGUGCAUGUCCAUUGCCUACAUUGGAGCCAGUUCCCGAGGAGUCGUUAUCUCGAGAUUUCCUUCUCAAAACUAGAAGGAGAAAGGAUUUAACUGGAGAGCCGACAUUAAAAAAGUACAUAGAGCCCGAGCUUUAUUCCCGAUUAAAAGAACGAGACUUGGUGCUUUAA